GGGAUGGGUUACACAUACCUCAUCUCAGUUUGUCGCCGGCCUGUGUACAGCGCGGAACGCGGAGUAAUUGCUGGGUGUUUAACUAAUUUAUUUUGAGGCUUUAUUUCCGGUGGAAGAGCAAAGAAAAUGUUGAGAACAUACCUCGCGUUUGUGCUGGUUGUUUGCGCAUGCGUGUAUACAGCUGAAGCAGAUCACCUCGGUCACACCUGUACAACCAAUGACAACUGUACGGAUGUUAGCAACGCAGCCUGUCUUGGAACGGAGGGCAACAAGACCUGUCAGUGCACAUCUCUCUUCAAAGCGAAUGGCACGACGGCUUGUGUAGCAGUUUUGGGUAGUCAAUGUACGGCACCAGCGAAUUGCAAUAGCGUAUCAAAUUCCAAUUGUACAAAUGGUGUCUGCAAAUGCAAUAGCCUCUACAAGCCAGUGGAAAACGUAUGUAAUACUGUUUUGAACAGUCAAUGUACGGCAACAGAGAAUUGCAGUAGCGUAGCAAAUUCCGAGUGCACAAACCUGUUGUGUAAAUGCAAGAGCACGUACAAGCCGAUGGUUGACCAUUGUAUGCCUGUAUUGGGGAACACGUGCUCUGGGGAUAGCUGCAGCGUAGUCACAAAUGCGAUCUGCAACACCACGUGCAAGUGUUCUGCCAACUACACUCAGAAAGUGGACGUCUGCAUUAUUGGUUUGGGAAACCCCUGCGCUGAUAACGCCGCCUGCACAGCAAAUGUGGCCCAUUCCGUCUGCGAAAAUAAGAUCUGCGCGUGCAUGGCAGGGUACAAAAUGUCAGGCACGGAAUGCGUCGUUGUUAGUAGAGCCGGUGGCGUUUCGGUUGGAAUCGUCGCUAUGGCAACAUGCUUUAUCGCACUCCUUAUGGGUUAGAAGACGCUAGAAAGUUGUUAACGCAGCGGAGGGUUACCAUUCAUGUCAAUCAAUUAAGCCAUAUUCAUCUCACUUGGAUAGUAUGUUGAAAAUAAAUGAUUUAACGAAGCGUCACACAAUGACCCAGUCCAAACUUUACGACGCGUGUAUUUAUUACACUAUAUACAUUUGAAGUGAGAAUAUCAAUUACAUCAAUGAUAUGGUAUGUUACAAUAUACACUUCUGACAUAAAGUAGCAUCCUUUUUUAUGAAGAUGUGCAUAUUUUUACCUUCUAAUGCCCAGUAACAACAUGGGGACAAACGGUUAUAAUAAUGCACUAACGAAUAAAUAGCCUCCAUUAAAUUAAUUUCUAUGUAAACCGUGUAAAGCGCAUGCGCAGAAGUAAACCCGGAUGUUGGCGUGUGUUUAUUAUCAAACUGUUUUGACAAAAUAUAAAAUGCUGUAGGCAGAGUCAAUUUAAAAGUUAAUUUCAAAUCCCUUUUCCUUCGUUUUUGUCACAAUGUCAUUGUUGGGUAAUUGAUAUUCCAACUUUAAAUGAUUAUUCUGUAAUAUGAAACAAUCAUUCCAGCAUGUGCAGCCGUGACGAGUUGGAAAGCCUAUCACGUCAUUUUGUUUUCUUGUAUAUGUAUACAUGUUAUUCUAUGUUUGUAUCAUACAUGAGUGUGCCUAUGAUCGUAUCUGAUUAUGUUGCCAUUUGGCGAAAAACCGUCUUAGGUUUAUGGGUGUUAUUCAAAAUUCGCAAAAAUAUAACAAUUUAUUUAAGUCAGAAACGUUUCGGGAGGUGAAAUCAUAACACAAUGGCACGUUUAUAAAAAGCUUGUACAGACUUACCUGAGUUUUUUUUAUAUUAAAACAUAUCAUGCAUUCAGUCAUCAUUUUAAUACAUAUCAAAGGAUAUAGAUUGAUUACAAACGGCGUAAUUCAAACAAAAAAUUAACAAAUAAGCAAACGCCGACUUCCAAUCCAUUGGAAUGGUUUUUAAGAAAUAUUUAUUUUAGCGAAAAACAAAGAACAGCAACAACCUCGAGAUAGAUGAAAUUGAACAUUAAGAAAACAGGCUUAUAUGCGAUCUCGUUAAUAUUCACCUAGAAUCAAAUAUAAGAAUGUUAGUUGAAUACUCCUCGAUAACGUAUAAGUCAUGUAUGUUUGGCAUUUAGUUGCACAUAGAUCAUUUGUUUGGAUGAACAUGUAGAAGCUGUACCAAAUGUGCGCAUGUCCUGCAAUGUUAACGAAUAAACCAGUGUGUGUUUUUGACGGGUGUCUGUAAUACAUAAUUCAACAGCAUUUCUUACUGGCUCUACAGGACCCCCCCACCCUGAACUCACUGCCAUGCUCUUAGAGUUAUCGAUUUUAAUCCAAAAUAUUAAGGAACGUGUCGGUUAUUAGACGAAUUGUCUAAGAUAUUCAAUACAAAAUUCCUACAUGUUAAUCCAGUACUGUAUGAACGUUUUGUUUAAAUACUGCAAGUAUGUAUGAUAAACUGAGUAAGACGAUAUCCCUGAUUCUGAUGACCUUUGGACUUCAGACGCAUGUUGACCACAGAGAGAAUUGAAUCGGGAUAUGAUAGCAAGUGGACAUGUGAUGUGUGUAUUAUUUUCGUGUGUGUUUCUUUACAAUUAUAUAAUCUCUUUGUAUAACAAAAUAGCAUUUGGUUUAGAAUAAAAGUUAACAAAAUG